GGUUAAGUAGCGACCGGAACCGCCCGGCCUGCUGCCGUCUGCUGCUGCGCCGAGCUGCGGCCUCGCCGGCGGGUGGCCGCGUCCCCGUGCCUCGCUCGGUGUCCCCGCGCCAUGAAACGCGGCCGCCCCGCAGCGCUGCGCUGCCUGCUGCUCCUCCGGGCGCCCGCGCUGCUGCUCCUGCUGCGCGCAGCCGCGGUGCAGGGUGACUGCGGCCCGCUCCCCGUGGUACCACGUGCCCACCCAGCCUCAGCCUCGGCAGGAAGUACGAGUUUUCCUGAGAACACCACGGUGUUGUACACAUGUGACCAAGGCUUUGUCAAAAUCCCAGGCAAGCCAGACGCGGUGGUCUGCAUCUCCAGCAGGUGGACAGACAUUGAAGAAUUCUGUAAUCGUAGCUGUGAGGUUCCACCCAGAUUACCUUAUGCAAUCCUCAAAAGUGCUUAUAUCAGUAAGAAUUAUUUCCCGGUUGAUACCGUUGUGGAGUAUGAGUGCCGGCCAGGCUAUAGGAAAAAGUAUCCUAUACAAUCGGGAAAAAUAACUUGUCGUGAUGAUUUAACAUGGUCCACUCCUGCGGAAUUUUGUGAAAAAAAACAGUGUCCUAAUCCUGGAGAACUAGUAAAUGGUAAUAUCAAUGUAACAACUGACCUAUUACUUGGUUCUCAGAUCUUCUUCUCGUGUGACCCAGGGUAUAGAUUAACCGGUGAAGCCUCUGCUUUUUGUAUGAUUAAAGGAAACGCUGUUGGUUGGAGUAGCAGUCUUCCAACGUGCAUAAAAAUUAUAUGUCCAGAACCACCACAAAUUGAGAAUGGAAGGAUUGUAAACGAAGAGGACACUUACGAAUAUAGACAUGUUGUAACAUAUGAAUGUAAUAAAGGCUUCGUCCUGACUGGAAAAAGCCACAUUUCUUGUAUUGUAAGAGAUGACGUUGGGGAAUGGAGUGAUCCACCACCUACCUGCAGAGUAAAAUCGCCUCCUGUCAUCCCACCACAGAAGCCUACCACCACAAGUGCACCAGGUACAACAACCACUCUACCAACUCAGAAACCCACCACUGUAAAUACUGCAGGUCCGGAAGUUCCAACAACUCAGAGAAGUACCACAGUAAACGUUCCAGGUACAAAAGUCCCAACAACUCAGAGAAGUACCACAGUAAAUGUUCCAGGUACAGAAGUCCCAACAACUUGGAAAAGUACCACAGUAAACGUUCCAGCAGCUGGGAACAGACCUGAUACCAGGACAACCAUAAAGUCUACAACAGCAUCUGAAGAGAAAGAUCUGGCUUCAGGUUACCGAACUUUCUUAUAUGAAAUGAAGGGUUUAAGAGUGCUUUACUCAACUCCCCAAUGGUUGUCACUGAAGGUUUGAAGAGCUUAUUUUCGCUGAAAUUUUUGAAGCUUAUUACCUAUAUUUUAUUUCCUAGGAAACUCUCCUAGGAUUGUUGUAAUCUCAGUGUAUGCUAAAAAAUAAAGAGGGGCUUCUUCCUAAAUUAGAUAUAUGGCAACAUUUUUUAUAAUCUUACACAAAUUUUAAAAUUAUCUUUACUUCUUAAACUUAUUAUGUGGAUCAAGUCAUUACCUCACUUUAAAGAUAAGUAAAUUAUACUGCCAGAAAUGGCCUGUUGAUUACAUAUACUGCAGUGUACCUGAAGGAUGUGGAUGAUAUUAGAAUGUGGCGAAUGCUUGACUCCCCCCAUUUUUUAAUUCCACUAAGAAGGACUGACAGAUGUCACAGAAUUUCCCAGUUUACCUUGUAAAUGACAUUGGUGUUUUGCAUUUUAAAGUUACCCUUCCUCUGACUGUGUACUGAUGUUUCUCUUUUUUUAAUUCUCUCUUUCUGCUAAGGACCUAUCUAGACAUUUUUUCUCCUAAUCGUCUCCCCAUGAAGUUUUAAUUCCACCUAUGUACUAUAUAUUAAUUCCUCUAUCUCUAUCUGUGUCUCUCUCCCUGUCUCACUAUGUGUUUAUCUAUCUGUCUGUCUAUCUAUCUAUGGACUAUUACUACUACUGAAAAUACAUGUUCUAAAUAAUUUAAGUUUUAUAGUUUCUAAAGAUUAUAAGAAGAAAAUAGGUAAUUUGCAGGCAGAUACUGGUUUGAAUCUGUUUUUAUUUAGCAAAUAUUUUACCUGAGUAAUUAAGAUCGUUCCUCAGUUUUCUUGUAUAUGAGAUGGAGAUUAGGAUUUUUGUUUUGUUUUGCUUUGUUUUGGGGACAUGGUUUCUCUGUGUAGUUUGGGCUGGCUUUGAACUUAUUGUGCAGUCCAGACUGGCCUCAGACCCAACAGUGCUCCCAUCUCAGUUUCCCAAGUGCUGGGAUUACAGGCGUGAGCCACCACGCCUGGCUACUAUUUUUAUGUAAAGUCUUUGGCUCUCUCUGUCCUAAUGGAUAUGAGAAUUCACUGCCAGUGUCAGAAGUUGGAGGAAUGUGGUCUUUCAAGAGUCAAAUCAUGUAGUAACUCUUAUUUCCCUUAGGUGGAUCUCUGACCAUCAUAUCAUUUCCUCUGUCUACACCGAAGGAAAGCAGAGUUUUCCAUUCAGUUCAUGUUUGCAUGCAAAUACUAUUCUGAGAUUUUUGUACAUGUUAUUUUGUUGCUUGUCAAAGCAAUCUUAUAAUACUAGCAUUUAUUUUACAUUUUUCAGUGGAUAAAACCAUGUUUUUGUAUGAUUUGCAGUUUGCCUUCCAAGGUUACAGAGCCUGGUAGGCAGUAAACAGCGGCAGUGACUAGUUUGUGUAGUACCAGGUACUUUUUAAAGAUCUGUCCUCAUAGUAGUGACAGGCCAGGACUAUAUGAUUCAAACUAAACAGUUGAGGGAGCCAGCUGCUCUACUACUAUUAUUUUACUUUUCUCAUGCAUUUCUGAAAUUCUGUAUUGUGACAUUCAUAAGUCCUUUAUGGGUCAAUUGAAAGAACGUGACAAAGAGAAUACAUGGUGAAGUACAUACAAUGUUCCUUCUGUAUCCUUUAUCGUCUAUAUCCUUAUUUAUCCUUUAUAUAUCUACUUGAAUGUGAUAUAUAUUGCAAGUAGUCUCAGUAUAACUGUGCUUGCAAGAGUCUUGACUAAAGUAUUUGUUUAAAAUGAAUAGGGUGCUAAUACAAGCA